UAGGAUGUACAUUGUAUCACCAAAACAUUAUUAAGUGGUUAGCUACUCUAUUAGUUUCAAUUCACUGGUAGUUGUUAUUUACCAGCCACGUGCUUACCUCUGUAAUUGCCAAACAACAGUUUUGCGGUAUUUAUUAUCCAUAAUUAUAAUCCGCAAAAUCAAAUAAAAAUGUCCGAUCCUAAUAAAAUUUUUAAAUUGGCAAUAGAUCCACAUUUUGGAACUAAGGCUAUUCAUGCUGGACAAAACCCAGACAAAUGGACAUUUCGAAAUGUUAUACCCCCAAUAUCAAUGACAACUACUUUUAAACAAAUUGCUCCAGCUAAACAUUACGGUUUUGAGUAUGGAAGAAGUGGAAAUCCAAGUAGAUCAGUAUUACAAGAGUGCAUUGCUGCUUUAGAAGAUGCUAAAUAUUGUCUCACUUAUUCGUCUGGUUUAGGGGCAACGACGGCUGUCGCACAUCUUUUGAAAUCUGGUGAUCAUGUACUAGCUGGAGAUGAUAUGUAUGGUGGCACAAACCGUUAUUUUUCAAAAGUGGCAUCAAAAUUCGGUAUUACAAUGACUCUUGUUGAUUUCACUAAAGACGUUAACAUGGAAAAAAUGAUAUUACCGGAAACAAAGUUGGUAUGGAUGGAGAGUCCUACAAACCCAUGCUUGAGGGUGAUAGAUUUAGAAAAAAUUUCGAAUUUAAUACAUAAAAUACGAAAAGAUAUAAUAAUAUUAGUGGACAAUACAUUUUUGACUUCGUAUUUUCAAAAACCAUUGACACUGGGUGCAGAUUUAGUAUUAUAUUCAUGCAGCAAAUACUUGAAUGGUCAUUCAGAUGUCAUAAUGGGUGCUGUAGUAACAAAUAGAUCAGACCUUUACGAAGAUCUUGCUUUUAAUCAAAAUUCAUUAGGUAUCAUACCUUCACCUUUUGACUGUUUUCUAGUCAAUCGUGGUCUUAAAACUCUCCACGUGCGUAUGAAGGAGCAUCAAAAAAACGGAUUAGCUGUAGCUCAAUUUUUGGAACAGCAUCCACUUGUUGAGAAAACCUUACAUCCUGGAUUGCCCUCACAUCCACAACAUAAUAUAGCCCUCCGACAGUUUAGUGGUUUUAGUGGAAUGGUUUCAUUUUACAUUAAGGGAGGCUUAAAAGAGGCCACCAAAUUUUUACAAUCUAUCAAAAUAUUUUGUUUAGCAGAGAGUCUAGGUGGCUACGAAAGUCUUGCUGACCAUCCUGCUUUGAUGACGCAUGCUUCAGUACCAGAAAAUGAACGAGCUUUUUUAGGCAUAACUGAUAAUUUAAUUCGACUCUCUGUGGGACUAGAAUCUGAACAAGAUUUAAUAGCUGACCUCGAUCAGGCUUUAAAAGCUUCUGUUAACUAAUUGUUUAUAACUAGUUUUAUAAACAUUUUCUUUGUGAAAAUGAGCAUUAUUGUUACCUGAAAAUAUUAAAUAGAAUUUUUGGUAUUUA